CUAUACGGUCAAGCAGCGGAGUCGUCGAACGGCAGCAGACGGAAGAGCCGAACUGUCAGGAGGCCGAGCUUGCCCGCAUUCAUUCUCGCUUAUACUCUUCGGCUCGAAGUGACUUUCGACUCCUGCCCGAUAGACAAGCGGAAGAGCCAAAGUGCGCAAGGGAGUAGAUGAGUAAUUUUCGAUCGACUGGCGUUCUGGAUAAGACAAGGGUGCGCUGGGAAGCAAAAACUGAAGGAGCCAGGCAAGGGCAUCGUUCGAGAAAAUUUGUCUCUGCCUCUUUGAGUCGUUUGAAGACAAUGACUAAGACGUUCGUGUUGUGUGUAUACCGAUGAAGCCAUAGAAAAAAGAAGAAGAAAGGAAGACGAACCAACGCAAGACUGAACAACGAUGGAUUUCGACGGAGCUUUAAUGAAAACGGGAGGCUUCGGUCGCUUCCAAAGGAUCCUGGCCCUGGUGUUCCUGACAACGGCCACUGCACACUUCUCCUUCAACCACAUGUCCCAAGUGUUCUUGCUGAUCGCCCCUGAACACUACUGGUGCCCGGAUGUAGACGUGGAGAGUUUACAUAACAAAAGUUCCGUGCGAGGUAAUGCGACGCAUCCGUGGGGAAAGCUGUGUGGACUGGAGCUCGGAUUUGGCGGUGACACAGAGAAUGGUACUACCACAGAGUACUGCCCCGCUGGAUGGGCGUACGACUACGGGAACCUUUACGUCAGCCUGGCGACAGAGCAUGACUGGGUGUGCGGUGACGCCUGGAAGCAAUACGUCUUGCACACAGCCUUCUGGAUUGGUUCCAUGAUGGGCUACGUCACGUCCGGUUUCCUGGCAGAUAGGUACGGCCGUAAGCUCGCAGUUUGUGUCUUGUGUUUGGUGAGUGCAGUGGCCAACCUCCUACCGUUGCUUAUCGCCAACCACUGGGGUCUGGCAGUGGCACGACUCAUCGCUGGUUUUGGAGCCGAAAGUGUCUGUUCCACGAUAUUCGUUCUCGUGAUCGAGUUCACGAUUCCGGACAAGAGGACUUUGAUUGGCUUCGUGUGGGCAUUCAGUUGGACCAUCAUGGCGUCCUCCUACCCGUGGUAUGCCGACCUCAUUCAGUCGUGGCGAGGACUCGUCGUCACAAACACUGCUCUCAGCAUUGCCAUACUCAUCAUCAUAGGGUUCGUUCCCGAGUCCCCAAGUUGGCACCUGACAGGCGGUAGACGAGAAAAGGGAAUAGAAAUUCUCAAACGUUUAGGCAGGAUCAAUGGAAUAAAGGACAUCAGUGAGGACGAUUUCAAAACUCUGCAGAUUAAGACCGCAGAGUCACCUUCAACCAAGAAGCGAAAUUUCUGGAAGGACACACUCGCCCUCGUUGCUACGCCGAGGCUACGACGUAUUACUCUCACGCUGUUCAUGGGAUGGUUCCUCAUCUGUCUUUGUUAUAACGCGAACACCCUGGAACUGAGCCAUUUAGGACUGGACGUGUACGGCACCUUUUCAUUGGCUAUUGCCUUCGAGCUUCCUGUGAACAUCUUUACCAUCCUGGCCUUAGACCGCUUCGGGAGGCGUUGGCCGAAUGUCUCAUUCAUGUUCAUCGGUGGGACCGUUUCUCUCGUCAUGGCUCUCUUGCGUACUGAUUCUUCCUCAGCAACAUUAGCCAUGGCAAUCAUCACGAUAGUAUGCUACGCUGGCAGCUACAAUAUCAGUUACCAACUGGCUUCGGAAAUCUUCCCCACGGAAAUCCGAGGUCGCGGAGUUCUUCUCACUCGUCUCUUUGGUGACAUCGGCAGUUGUCUCGGUGCUGACGUGGCGUACCUUGUGGAGUACGACAGGUACCUUCCUCUCCUUGUCGUGGGAUUGUUGUCUUUGUUGUCGGCCGUUCUCUUGUUCCUGGUGCCGGAUACGGUACAUGAACCGCUACCACAAACUAUCGAAGAUGGGGAGAACUUCGGAAAGAACCAAGGCCUCUGUUUCUGUCCUCUGUUCGUAAAGGAACAGCCUGCAGAAAAAAUAUUAAUCGAACCGAAACGGAAGGAGAGCGGACAGAUAAAUAUGUCCUAUGAUGCAACAACGCACCUGUGACGGCUCCACUCACUCAGAACAAUCGUGACUGCAGUACAUGUUGUGAAAAAUAUCGCAGGAAGUAGCUAUCGCAAUAAGAGCAGCCGUCGUCGCUCUCAAUGUGUCUUUUCCGAGCAUCUGCAUGCCACGCUGCGGCAUGCGGAAUAGUGCAUUCCACGUAGACUAUACAUAGGAAACUCUGCAAACAUUUGUCUUGAAGAGCCUCAAGGAGAAUCCAGGGAAACCAGCUGGACAGAGCACUGCCGGUGCUCGGGAUUUGAACCCAAUCACCUCCCAGUCUUCGAUACGUGUUUACUCUGGGCGUCGGUGCGUUAAACAGUUGGAGCAUAUCAAGACGUUCCGAAGCUGUCAAAGAACCAGCUCAUUAAAGACAGCUAUAUGCCUGACGAAGUCGUGACCACCAACCAUGCAAGCUGAUGACUGCUCCUUCCGCAGAAGCCAGCGGCGCGUCCCUCGCUUUGAAAAGGAGGAUCUGAAGUACAAAACAACACUGCGUAGCGUCUGGUGAAGCUGACCGUUAUAAAAUAAACAAAAUAUAGUGUGGUU